AUCUAAGGAGAUUUAGAAUCUGGUCAUUUAAUCGCGCGCCUUUUUCAAGUUUUGCAUUGAUGCUGUAUAUCAAAAACAUUCUUUAUAAUUAUCGMUCACUGAUCUUCAAACCUGCCUCCAAAACUCAUUAGAUCGCAAAAUUUGACGCAAUGUUUAAGCUUAGAAUUCCUUCUGCACAUCUUUCUUACAAAAGCCGACCAUGGAAAUCAAGAAGGCGGAUUUAUUGAAGGAAGGAUCCACACAAAAGUACAAUUUAACCCUGUCAGUUUGUAUUGCAAUAACAUAUUCAAUCAUUCAAAGAGCAACUGACAUAACAAAGUAGACCAUUCAAAAGAGCAAUUCGAAUUUAAUUUUGCAGUGUUCGAAAGACAAAAGUUUUAAGUAUGCACUUCAGCAAGAGAAGACCUCAAAUACUGAAAAAAAGGCCGAAAAGGGACCACCGGUCUUUACUCGAAACACGGAAACGAUAUACUACGAAUAUGGAMGACAAAUUUCCUUCAAAAAUCAACACUUCUGAAUACCCUCCUUGCUUGGUCGUCCACGCUGGGACUUCAUCAUUUGAAAGCAUCCMUUUGACCAUAGACUCGAACAUUACCUCAAGCGUAAGUAAUGGAAUACUCGGAGCGCUGGCCGUGAUUGGGAAUUUUCUAGUUUUGGUGACCAUCAAAAAGACGCMAUCGYUGCACACGCCUUCGAAUUAUGUAAUGUUUGGCCUUGCUUUGUCUGACCUGUGUGUUGGAGGUUUAGUUCAACCACUUUUCAUCGCUUUCAAGACGAAUAAAAUCAAACUUUUCACACUGGAGUCUUCAAGUGGUGGCUGGUUGAGCGGAGAUUAUCGUACUGUGUGCAUGCUUGGAUCUCUAGCAAAUUGCUCAGGUKCGCUCUUCGCUAUUGUYGCUUUUACUCAUCUUGGGUUUGUGUCUUUUGAAAGGUAUCUGGCCAUUACUCUCCACCUCAGAUACGCAGAAUUGGUUACUAACUCYAGGGUUAUUAAGGGAAUUAUUGGAAUAUGGGUUUUUGGCGGUUCCGUAGCGAUCUGGUUGUGCCUGGCCGAUAACGAUGAUAUUAGAAUCAAACAGGUCAUAUAUUUUGUUAUUGCUUUCGGUUACUUUGUCUUCGUGGUUAUUGUCUACUGCAAUGUUAAAAUCGCUGUUAUCCUUCGAAGACAUACAAGGGCCAUUYGUUGUCAAACACAAGAGGCAGCCUCAGUUAUGUAUAUGAAGAAAUUUAAACGUUCUGCGGCUUCCAUGUUGUAUGUCAUACUUCUGUUCCUUUUGUGUUGUGUGCCGUACUGUGCGGCAACACUGAUAAGAAUAACUCGAUCAGACGUAAGCCCUAUAAUUUGUCAACGCGCAUUUAACCUCACCAUUCCUCUCCUGUUUGCCAACUCUGCCUUCAACCCCGUGGUGUAUUUUUGGAGAUUUAGGGACAUGAGAAGGGCAGCGAAGAAUCUUGUACGAAAAAUGUGUGAGCUUGGAAGUUCAAAAGAGGGAAAAAAGAACGCAGCCAUGGUAGAACCGACUCAAACAGCUGCUGUCAAAGCAAUAACAUUGGAAGAAGAAAGGAAAUAAGAUWAAAAGACGAAGUGUAAAAAGAGAAAAAAUUAAUAUUCGAUUAAAAGUCAGUACCUAGCUUAAAAAACGCGGAUUUCCGAAUUAAAACUGUAAUUACUACGAGCUUUMAUAACUUAAAGCCUGAAUGUUUACACGGCUUUUAGG